AAUAUCGUGAACGACACGAACGAGACCAACGAAAUCAGAGAGAUCCAGAUGGAGGCGCCCGGAAGCGAAAGCAAUGCGAAGACCUGGACUGCCUGGGGUGAGGAGAACGAUGUCGCCGCAGCUUGUGUGGCACUGCCGAACCCUUUCAACGUUGUUGACAUUGGCUCUCACAAUCCCAGCCGUGAAGAGAUGCAUUCUGCGGGGGACGACAAGACCACCGAGGCGCCCACCCCGGCCGCGGCAAACAAACAGACCGUGUGGUGGGUGGACCUUGGAAGUUGGGUCCGCAUGGACAACGAGACGCAGGAGCUGAUGCGUCAAGCGGUCGCAGAAGGUAAGUCCUUCGUGGAGUUCGAGGCCAGGGGCCAGCCCUACCGAGCCGACUUGGAGAUGAUGAUGCAAAUCAACAUGCGCACCAGCAUGUGCCGAGCGAUCAAGGUCACGGAACCGGACGAGAUUCCGGAGGACGACGAGGAGGAGAGCGCCGAAGACGACGAGGAUAUCGACGAGGAUGACCUUCUGAGCAAGAUCCGCAAGGGGGCUCCGAGCGAACUCCCGAAACGCGAUGAGCGCUUGGAGAACCUGGUCAACCUUCUUCUCAGUGAGGCCGUCCAGGUACCGCUGCCCGCUGAAGCAAAAGAGGAGAAGGAGAAGCUUUCACACGAGGAGGUGAAGAAGGUCUUCAAGGACCAUGUUCCUGGGGUCCACAAGUUCCUCUUCCGAGACCAGCCCGGACAGUAUUCCCUGAACUUCCUUGCGACGGCCUACUCGUCGGGGCUGCGCGCCUUCAGUGGUACCGCCAUGGAGAACCACCUGAAGUGGCUCAUGCGCACGAUUGCCGGGUUCUUGGUGGAAACAGUCAAGCGAGGAAUAGCAAAGAAAGCACUCUUCCAUUGCCUCAGUUUCUUUCAAGUCCUGGGAUAUCGCGAUUCACAUGUGCAUCCGGGCAUCACGGAGCCUGUUGGCAGGAUUCUUAGUCACCUGGGUCUUGAACUACAAGACGAUGUGGACUUGCUGACGCACGUCCCCUGCUGCCUUCAGUUGGUGAAGCUAGGCUUUGAUGAGGAGGCCACCUGCCAGUAUCACGGCCAGCUGCUGAGGGGCAUCGAGCGGUAUGAUUCGGCAAGAACAGAGGCCUUGCUGCGGAAGCUGCUUAAUCCUGACCAUCGUUGCCCGAAGCAUCCUCGCUCUGCAUUGCAAGCUGCCAUUUCGUGCGGAAGCCUCGCAGCUGUGCAAGUGUUGCUGGAAGCGGGCAGUGAGCUGAAUGGAACCCCUUACAUGUACAUGGGCUGGGAACCUAAAUUCAAAUGUGCGGAACUCGAGGCUACCGGCACGCCGAUAUUUCAAGCUAUUGAACAGAGGUAUGAGUGGUCACUAGAAGUAGCCCAACAGAGGAGACGCAAGAUCGUUUCCGCGCUAAUUCACGGACGAGCAGAUCUCACUGCGACGAACAGUUACGGUAAGACGCCGCUCCGAAAAGCUAUUGACGUGAGCGACGUGGAGCUAGUGCAAACGCUGCUCGAUCUUCGUGCAGAUCCCAACCUAGGUGGUGUGGAAGCACCGCUCUUUCACGUGGUCAGAAACCACAUGCGGGGCCCUUAUAGCACUGCAAACGCCGUACUGCAAGCCUUGCUGGUUGCCAGAGCGAGUCUUUCGGACCCUGGCCCGAUCGAAAACUCACUGGUGUACCUGGGGACACAAAGGUACUCCGCCCCGGAGAACUUCAGGCUCAUACUCAAGUGGCGGGCGAAUCUCAAUGCCGUUGACAUAGAGACCGGGGAGACUGCACUGAUGCGGGCAUGUUCUGAGUGCGACAUACUGCGGAUCAGAAAGUUGAUCGGGAUGCGUGCAAAUGUUCACAGAGCCGAUGCGACUGGACGGACUCCCCUUCAUGCUGUUUGUGGUGAAACGAAGCCUGCAGCACGGAGAUGGGACAACCACGAUUACCUAAACAAGCUCUGUGAGGCAACACACCUCGAGGCUGUAAAGCUGCUGGUGGAAGCUCGUGCCAAUAUCGACGCAUGCAUGCCGGAUGGAACGACAGCCCUACAGCUCGCUGUCCAAACCCAGAAAGAGACCCUCGCCAGCUUCCUCAGGAAGCGAAAGGCCGACAUGGAAGCCGCCCUGGCGAGCCCCGAAGUGUCCACGCCAAGAAGGGCGGUGCUGCUCCUGUCCCGGGGGGACAAGCGACCCCGGGCAGUCUGA